CUCAGGAGGCAUGGAAACACCUGUGUUCAGCAUGAUUCCUUCAGUAGCUGAUGAAGCUGAAGAAGCUACACAGGCAUUAAUGUUUGAUUCUCCACAGGAGGUGUUUUACACUCCACUGACAGCUACAAGCACAGGAGAAAAUGAUUGUGUAACUAUCACAGAAAAGAACCAAGCCAGUCUGGAGGAUAUAAUGAUGACUCCUGCUAUCAGAACCAGAAAACCUAAAGGGAGGCCUCUGAUCAAGAAAACAUCUAAUGAAGAAGACAUUCUGGGAGAGAUUAAGUCCUUACAAGCCCAGGAGGAGAGAAAGAUGUCACUCCUUGAGGAAAUUCUGUCUGUGCAGCGGGACAUCCGUGACAUCCAAAGACAGAGCCUGGACCUGGAAAGAGAAAAAUUUGAAUAUAAAAAAAUCAUUUGGAAACUCAUUGUCUCCCAUAAUCAAAUUUGA